AUGAAAAAUAAAGAUAUAAACAAUAGAAGUAGUAAUAAGAAUAAUAAUAAUACAACACAAAAGAACUUUAUUAUAAUUAUAUUAAUAGCUAUUGUAAUUAGAGUCAUUUUAUACUAUCAAGGUUUUCAUAAUAUAUUAUCACACAGAAAUGAAAUUAGUACACCUUUAACUGCUUUUAAAAGAUUGAUAGAAGGUUUACAUUUACAUAGCGUUGGAUUAUCACCGUAUGCUGGAUCUGCAUAUCAUCAGGCACCUCUACUUCUUUUGCUAUUCAAACCAUUCUAUGAGAGUGUGGCACUGUCACAACUGUUGUUUAUUGUUGUAGAUGUUGUGAUUGCCAUUCUCUUGAGAUCGAUCACCUAUCGUGUACCAAAAGUACUGCCUUUGGAGAUGAGCGGUGACCAAAUACCACCGACCUCGAACUUCCCAAAUGUAGUUGCUGCUCUCUACCUCUUCAACCCAUUCACUCUAUUCACCUCGAUUGGAAUGAGUACAAUUGUAUUUAACAAUCUCUCUGUUAUUACAUCUUUAUAUUUCGCAUUAAAAGGUAAUCAAUUUCAAAGUUUGUUCUUUGUUGCGAUGUCAUCAUAUCUAUCAAUCUAUCCAAUUAUGUUGGUUAUUCCAGUAGCAUUCAUUCUUCAGCAACAGAGACAGACAAAGACAAAAUCAGAUAACAUUGUAUUCAUCUUGCAAUCCGUAUUCUUCUUUGUAUUCUCUUUGGUAUCACUAUUGUAUUUAUCGUUUAGCUUGUUAAACUCUUGGGAAUUCAUUGAAAAGUGUUAUGGAUUUACCAUGAUGGUAGAGGAUUUAACACCAAACAUUGUAUUUGAACAUUUUAGAAAGUUCUUCUUGUUUAUCUUCCAAUAUCAUAUGUGGAUCUACCAAGGUACUGGUAAUGCCAACUUCUACUAUACCAUCAACCUUGUAUUUACACUGGCACAGGUUCUCUUGAUUGUCGAUUCAUUCUCAGUGCUACAAAAACUAGAUUAUAUUAAAAAGUUAAAUUCCAAAAAGGAGUCGUCAUCAUCAUCUUCAUCAACAUCUCAACAAGAUAUGAUUCAACAUCCCAACAAUACAAAAGAAAUAAAACAAGAAUAA